ACUAAGUUACCUCCGAUAAGAGAAUAUGCGUGAGAUAAAAAAAAAAAGAAAAAGACACGCCUAGAAAACAUAACACAAAAAAACAAUAUACAAAUACAAUAAUGAAAACAAUUUGGCCUAAAUUUUCAUCUUAUUAGCAAACAAAGAGAAAGAAGACAUGGCCAACAAUAUGCAUGUUGUAGAGGAGAAAUUAUUUCCAAGGAGCAUCCAGGAGAUGUCUAUGGAUGGUGCUGAACCACCAUCAGAAUAUUUAGUUAAAGGAAAUACUUUUGGAUCUAAAGAUUCUUCAACACUAAUUCAAAUACCCAUCAUUGAUGUGAGUCUUCUUUCAACAGAAAUUGAGCUAGAAAAGCUAAGAUCUGCUCUGAGUUCAGCUGGAUGCUUCCAGGCAAUUGGUCAUGGUAUGUCAACUUCAUAUCUUGACAAAGUUCGAGAAGUUGCUAAACAAUUUUUUGCACUUCCAGUUGAGGAAAAACAGAAAUACGCACGAGCUGUGAAUGAAUCUGAAGGGUAUGGAAAUGAUAGAGUUGUUUCUGAGAAGCAAGUUCUUGAUUGGUCUUAUCGCCUCACUCUUCGAGUUUUUCCAAAAGAAAAACGAAGGCUUUCUCUUUGGCCAGAAAAUCCAAGUGAUUUCAGAGAGACAUUAGAAGAGUUUUCUACCAAUGUGAAGUCAAUGAUGGAUUAUCUCUUGAGAAGCAUGGCAAGGUCAUUGAAUUUAGAAGAAGGAAGCUUCUUGGACCAAUUUGGGAAGCAAUCAUUACUCCAAGCAAGGAUCAACUACUAUCCACCAUGUUCUAGACCUGAUUUGGUUCUUGGUGUCAAACCUCACACGGAUAGAUCAGGAAUCACAGCUCUAUUGCAAGAUAAAGAAGUUGAAGGUCUUCAAGUUCUUGUAGAUGACAAAUGGAUCAAUGUUCCCACAAUACCUAAUGCUCUAGUUGUCAAUCUCGGCGAUCAAAUGCAGAUUAUGAGUAAUGGAAUAUUCAAGAGUCCAAUGCAUAGGGUUGUGACAAAUACAGAAAAGUUGAGGAUGUCUAUUGCAAUGUUUAAUGAACCAGAACCAGAGAAUGAAGUUGGACCGGUUGAAGGGUUAAUAAAUGAGACAUGUCCGAGAUUGUACAGAAAUGUCACAAAUUAUGGUGACAUCAACUACAGGUGCUAUCAAGAGGGGAAAAUAGCACUUGAGACUGUCAAAGUUGCUGAUAACUAUGAGCAGAAGUGAGACUAUUUCACUUUUGAAUUCUCAAUGACUUGAAGGCAGAAUACACAUAUUAUAAUGUUUGGGUUAUCAAGUCAUAUUAUGAAAAUAAGGAUAUGAAUGGUUCUGUUUGUUGUUAGAGAAUCACCAAUCAUAUUUAUAUAUUUCAAUAAAAGUGUCUUAGUGAUCAAAGACUUAGAUAAUCUCUAAUUGUUCUAAACAUAUUAAAAUUAACAUUAUUUAUUGAAA